AUGGUAUCAAAGAGCCAGGUUCAACAGUUCCGCAAGAGCGCAAGAAAUAGGAUCAUUGGAAAAUCACCGACUGUAUUUAAAGAGAUCGUCGCUAAUUUGAAAACUUUGGAAGUAAAGUAUGAUGAAGAAGAUUUGGCAUUGAUCAUAUUGUGUUCAUUGCCCACUUCAUUUUCUUCAUUUAGUGACAUGAUCUUGUAUAGUCGUGAUACUAUCACUAUAGAGAAGGUGUAUGAUGCUUUGUUUUCAAAAGAAAAGAUGAAGCAUCUGGUUUCAGAUGUCAGAGAUGGAGAAGGCCUUGUUGCUCAUGGUGGUUCUGAAAGGGACAUAUCGAAGUCUUCAGUAAUCAGAUUUAUAACUUUUGCAAGAAGAAAUGGCACUUGA